CCCAUCAAUUUAUUUCUGAGAUUAAAUAUAUACAAGGUAUGUACUUGCUCCUUUUUGAGAGGGAGAGAGUAAUUGCAGCUUGCAGUGGAGGGUCAGUUUCCCCUGUUCCAAGUCUACACAUUCUACUCCAAAAAUGCCUCAACAUGGAAGAUUCUUCCAUACAGAACAGUCUGUUAACUGAAUUUAAAUAUAUUCGCCUUCACUUCUUUAACAGUCUCCUAUUUGGCAGAAUGGCUAACUCUUUCUUUUCUCUUGCAAAAUAUUCACACCAUGCAUCAGAAUAGAUAAUGCAGAAAGGUGAGCUACUUCAUUAGGUCUGUUCAGAGUGACUGCAGAACAACUGGAUUUCUGAGGUAGGGAAGUUUUUUUUCAGAGGUCUGAGCCACAAGUGCCACUUGGAACCACUGAAAAAUGCCCAAUAUCAGAUUAGGAAGAAUCCUGAGGAGUGAGAGCUAUGCCAUCACACCGCACUUACCUAUACAGAAUAUGGAAGCACUACAGACUGAAGGUCAUGAGAUUUGUCUGGAAACUUCAUUCCCUCUUCCAUUACCUAAGCCUUGCUCACAUCUGGAAUCAUCGCCAUCUCCCCCCAGGCUUCCAGCAUCUGAACUCCAGGUCCAUGCUCUUGAUAGAGGUGAUGCUUCUGUUCCAGCCUGUCUUAGAUCCCAGGAUGACAAAGAACUGGAAAAAACUGAGCCAGAAAAGAGGCCAAAGAAAGUCUCACAAAUCCCAAUCAGGAAAACUGUUCCUAAGCCAGACCCUAACCUUACUCCAAUGGGAUUACCCAAACCAAAAAGGCUUAAGAAGAAAGAAUUUAGCUUAGAAGAAAUUUACACAAACAAGAACUACAAGUCCCCUCCUCCAGCCAGGAGCUUGGAAACAAUCUUUGAAGAGCCCAAGGAGAAAAAUGGAUGCUUGAUCUCUGUCAGCCAGCAGAAGAGGAAGCGGAUUCUGGAGUUUCAGGACUUUACUCUUCCUCGGAAAAGGAAGAGACGAGGCAAAAUCAAAGCAGUGGGUAGUUUCACCCGGGCAAAAAAAGCUGCACUCCCGAGUGCAGAGUUAGAUGCUCUUCUGAGUCAGAAGCUAAUGGACCUUGAUGCCUUCUUUGCAAAUGAGGCUGAACAGGAGCAGGCCUCUGAGGGAGCCAUUUAGCUGAAAAUGGUCCAGUCAGCUCCUUUAGUAUUUUAGUCUUUUCGGGAGAAACCUACUGACUUCUUCAUACAUUACUCUGCCACUCUGCUCUAAUAUGUGAUGAGCUGGUUUUGGCUGUGGCCCUCAUUAAGGUGCUAUUUUGUUUGGUUUUUCUUUAAGUUAUUAUUUUUUUUUAUGCUAUUGAAGGGAUUCUUUUAGGUCCCUGUCUGAGUGUAACACAGCCGCAUCCAAUUUACCAUUCCUUUCCCAGCCCCUGGAAAUUACUGCUAAUGUUUAAUUACAUUUAAAUACUUUAUGGGGGGUAGAGUAGGAGUAUAAAGGAGGAAGUAGUGCACCUUCAGUGAUGCUAGAACUCUGAACUUCAGAUCAUUUGCACAUUUGAGUCUGCUGUUGUUACUGUAAUGGCUAUUUUGAACAACCUGACAGAAGAGAUAUGGUAUUUGAUAAAGAUAAAUUCUAGCAAACACAUUCUUGAUAUGCCACUAACUUUUUAAUAAUUAAAAGUAGCUGUCUGGGUUUGCUUUCAAUUGUUUGUUCCUUCUGUUUACUUAGAAGGUUCCUUCUGAGUUUCUCUGCCCUUCCUGGCUUCAGGCAGCAGAAGCCCCACAUAACUAGAUUUUAAAUAACUUGCACUUUGUAUAUGUUUCUUUAUUUGCUGUAUGAGGACAUAUUUUAAUAUGUCUGAGCUCAAAAAAAAGGUAAUACUGUAAGAAAAAAAUGUGCCCAGUACUAAUUUUUCCCUAAUAGUAGAGUUGUUACCUACCUGGUUGAUGGCAGCCUCUCCCUCCAGAGGAAAAGGUAAUUAGCCCAUGAGGAUGUUAAGCUGCAGGAUACAUAAGUAAAGAUUUUUAUUAACUGAGCUGAGCUGCUGCAUGCAGGGAACACCAGCAAAAUCUGAGGCUCAUUUUUAAGUGAUUUUAAUUCUAUUAAAAAUACCAACUUGAUUUUAAUGCCAACAAGAAAAUAAAUCUUUUUUCUAUCUUGAGAGGGUUUUCUAUCAUUUUAGAUUUACAAUUCAUUAAUUCAUGUAGCUCAUAAUUAAACAUGUAUAACAGCACUGUUGUACAUAACAGCUAGUGUUGUUCAAAGAGCCUCCUGGCAUGUGGAAUUUUCUGUUUCAUUAUGUAAGGCCAUUUCUAAUUAUCUGAUGCAGCACUGGGCAAUUUCCCAGCUAUACCAUGUGAGGGAAGGGAGCUCCGCUCUUGGGAUAACUUCACACUUACUUGAAGCAUAAUUCAAAAUGAAUGCUAGCUGCAGUUCAGGUAAUUUCUGUCCUUUAGUGCCUAUAGAAGUUAUUCAGGCAAAGCAGUCAUUGCUGGAAUGCUCAAAUUACUCUGUUCUUUCUCUCACUUGUCACUUGAAACUUGCACUUUCUUAUUUCCCUACCCAUAGAACAGAGUUUCUAUUUACCUUCAAACUAAGCAAGUGUCUAGUGGGUGGGUAUUUUUAGUGAAGUCAAAUAAAUGCAGGACUGAGGAUACCA